GAGGUGGAACUGCUUCGACUUGUUCGUCACCUUGGCCUCCAUCGUGGAUCUGCUCCUCACCUUUGCCCUGGAGCCCACCAGCGAGGUGGGGGCCCUGGGCGCCGCGCGGAUGCUGCGCCUCAUCCGCGUGGCGAAGAUCAUCCGUGUGGUUCGGUACCUCCGGAACGUGCGGGCCAUGAUCUUCACGCUGCUGCACACCUUGUCCUCCUUGGGCUGGAGCCUGGCUCUGAUGGCUAUGAUCAUGUUCUUGUUUGCAGUGGCCAUCACAGAGGCAGUCACCGCCCACUUGCUGCAGCAGGGGGCCGGCAGCGCCGCGGUCUUGGUGAAGUAUUGGGGUACCAUCGGGAGCUCCAUGUACACGCUGCUGCUGUCCAUCACGGGGGGCAUCAACUGGGAGGAGGCCGCGGCGGCCUUGGAGACGCUGCACCUCGUCUACCUGCAGCUCUUCGUUCUGUAUAUUUGUUUCAUGGUCUUCGCCAUGAUGAACGUCGUGACCGGGUUCUUCUGUGAGCACGCGUUCGAGAUGGCGCGCAGCGAGAAGGAUUCCUUGAUCCAGGAGCAGUUGCGACAGAAGCACCUCUACGUGAAACACUUUAGGCAGCUCUUCUCCGAGGGGGACGCGGAUGGGAGCGGCACCAUCAGCUUCGGGGAAUUCGAGCGCUUCGUGGAAGACGAGCACCUGCAGGCCUACCUGGCCCACCUGAACGUCGACCCGGAAAACGCCUGGCAGAUCUUCCGCCUCAUCGACUGCAACAAGGACGGGGAGGUGAGCAUCGACGAGUUCACCACGGGGCUGCUGACGAUGAAGGGCCCGGCCAAGGCGUUAGACCUGAAGAGCAUCGACUACAACAUGAACAAGGAGUCCAAGAGGAUGCAGCGGCGCAUGCAGUACAUCGACGCCCAGCUGAAGGAGAUCCAGUCGCUGCUGACCGCGCGCGUGGCGAGCUAACCGACCGCGCGCGCGGCUCCGGCGUUUGGAUCCGUAGGAACCCCUGUCUCAGUGCGGUUUCGGCGGCUAGUCAGCUAAGGGAA